AUGAAACGAAUAAAAUAUAAACUUUCUAGUAAUAAAACUAAACCAAGCAAGAAUGUUAAUGUUUCGCUGAGAGCACAUAUAACAGAAGCAGGGAACUUUGUUUACCGCCGGGUGGCAGACGGGGGUGACAAUGCCAGGCGUGAUGCUGAGAAUGCCAGACACAAGAUCAGAAUUGAAGAAUUGGAGAAAAAUAAAAAAGAGAUAUUAGCUGUACUACAGCCAUAUGCUUUCCACGAUAUACCUGAUCCUGUAAUAGACCAGCCCAUAAUUAGAUCACCUGGUGAUAACGCAAACAUCAAGCUAUCGGAGGAAGAGAUGAUGGUCUCUUUUCUGGAUGAAAUGAAUAAGAAAAUUGUCAGUGAUGGGAUAAGGCAAAGAAAGUGGGAUGAGAAGCUUGUAAAAGUGAAACCCAUCUUUCCUGAAACAGGUAAACAGGUAUCUGUUAACAAAAAAGCACUUUGCAAGAAAGAACAAAGGGAGAAAUUCAUUCAGAAAGCAUCUGAGAAUUCAAGCACCAAAUGUUCUAAUAUUAUGGUUGAUCCAAAAUCCAAUGCUAUCAGUAGAAUUUUAAAUAUGGAAGUUAAAGCUCAGCUUCCUGCAGAUACUUCUGAUGCACUUUUAUGGAAAAGAAUUGAGCAGGUCAAGAAACUCUGA